AUGACCUUGUCAGUUCUUCAGAUGCUAAUGGGAGGAGGUGGAUCUUUUUCAGCUGGUGGUCCUAGAAAAGGAAUGUACUCUCGUCUCUAUCUUAGAGUUUUGAAUGAGUACCCUGAGAUUCAAUCGUUUUCAACAUUCAACUCUAUCUAUAAUCACACUGCCUUAUUUGGAAUCCAAGCUACCACUAGUUCUGAUUUUGUAUCCAAAGCUGUUGAUAUAGCCGUGAAAGAACUCAUUGCAGUUGCCACCAACGGAGAAGUCAACCAAGUACAGCUGGAGCGUGCGAAGCAGUCAACCAAGUCUGCCAUUCUGAUGACCUUGAAUCAAGAAUGGUUGCUUCAGAAGAUAUUGACAGACAAGUAUUGA